AGAAAAAAUAGAUGAUACCAGUAUCACAGAAUUGAGAUCACAUGGUGGGGGACUUUGAAGCAAAUCGUGACAACAAUUAAAUCAAACUAACCCCGCUCACACUUCACAGUUCACUCUAUAUUUACACUCUAAAAUUUCAUCUUCAAUACUUCCACACUUGAAUAUCAUCUCAAAUCUCAAUGGAGAAUUACAGAAAGGCAAUAUCCACCACCACCCCACCUCAAAAACCAUGGAAAAAAGGACCUCCAAGAGGAAAAGGUGGUCCUCAAAAUGCUUCAUGUGGUUACAGAGGAGUUCGCCAAAGAACAUGGGGUAAAUGGGUAGCAGAAAUAAGGGAACCAAAAAAAAGAACCCGUCUUUGGUUAGGUUCAUUCUCAACAGCUGAAGAAGCAGCCAUGGCUUAUGAUGAAGCAGCUAGAAACCUCUAUGGUUCAGAUGCAUACCUAAACCUUCCUCAUCUCCAUUCUGAUCAUUUCAACAAAAGAAAUCAAAAACUCUUCAAAUGGUUUCCUUCUUCCAAAUCACAUAUGGUUGUUCCUAAAUCCUUUCAUAACCCAAUUGGAUGGCUUAAUUUAAGUGCACAACCAAGUGUUCAUGCUAUUCAUCAGAAGUUACAAGAGCUUAAGCAAAAUGGAAUCUUGAAAAAACAUCAACCAGAGACUCAAAUUGUUUCUGAUACACCUAUGGCUGCUGCUAUAGAGAAGCCUCAGAUUGAUCUGAAUGAGUUUCUACAGCAAAUGGGGAUUAUAAAAGGAGAUGAUGGGAAAACUGAGGUGAACAUUGAAAACCAUGCACAAGAGAAUCAUACUAUUCUUCAAGAGGAGGAUUUCAAUUGGGAAACAUUGAUAGAAAUGCAAGAUCCUGUUGUCUCUGCCUCUGCUUCUACUUCUGCUUCUGCUGCUUUGGUUAAUGAUGAUGAUCAUUAUGAUGAUAUGUUAUAUUCAUCUUAUAAACUUCCUAGUUUUCAAGAAGAGCUAUCUUUCGGAAAUAGCAUAUGGGAUUUCUAAUCUAGUAUAAGAUAUGCAUUUUGAAUCUAUAGAUUAAUAAGAAUAAUAUAAUA